AUUCCCACGGUGUUUCACAGCUGUCAGCCAACAGAGGGCAGGCAGUCACCAAACUGACUUUCUACAACCAAAGUCCAAUGUUGACGUUUGGGUCGACCAGAAUAGAGCGGAACCAAACAUGUAGGCCUAGCUAACUGUAGCUACAUUCGGAGGAUAACUAAAACUUACAUGCAGAGAAGAGACGACCUAUUUCAGGAAGAGGUGUCUAAUAACGUGGACUCGGUUUUUCCACCAGGGGGAUUAGCAAGAGAAAAUUUGAAGCCAGUUGAUAAUGGAGUGUGAGAAGGAAAGAGAUGACUCUGAAACCAGAUGGAAAGAAGAACUCCGGCUGGUCCUCAUUGGAAAGACCGGAUCUGGAAAGAGUGCGUCUGGAAACACCAUCCUGGGCCGGAGGCAGUUCCUGUCACAGAUCAGUGCUAGCUCUGUCACCCAGAUUUGCCAGCUUGGGAGCACUGAGCUUGUCGAGGAAGAGGAUGCUGAGGAGGACGGCCUGACUGUCACACAGAGCAGAAUGAGGAGAGUCACGGUGGUGGACAUGCCGGGUUUUGGGGACACUCUCCUGAGUGUGGAGCAGAUCCAUGCAGAGGUAGCCAAAUGUGUGUCUCUCUCUGCCCCUGGGCCACAUGCUUUCCUCCUGGUGGUUCCAAUAGGACGAUAUACAGACAAUGAGAACCAGGCUGCCUGCGAGUUGACCAAAAUAUUUGGGGAGGAUGCAGUCCGUCAGCACACAUUGGUUCUUUUUACCAGGGGGGAUGACUUGGAGAGCAUGGGGAUUGAAGAUUAUCUGAGGGAGACUGCACCUGCUGGGCUUAAAGCUCUGAUGGAAAGGUGUGGGGGCAGGUACCAUGUACUCAACAACAAAGACCCCAGUAACUCAGCACAGGUUAAAGCACUGUUAAUGAAGGUGGACAAGAUGGUGAAGCAGACUUACGGAGGGUUUUAUACUAACGCUAUGUUUUUAGAAGCAGAGGCCGCCAUCAGGGAGGAGCAGGAAAGGAUGUUGAGGGAGCGAGGGCGAGCAGAGGGGGACGAACAAUGGGGAAACGAUGGCAGCAUGGAAGAACAGGCUAGACUCGCAAAACAACGAAAGUAUGACUUGGAGUUUAACAGAGCAGAGAGCUUAGAUAUGCGAUCACAGGGGGUCAGGAGGAGGGGAUUGGAGAGAGGAAAUGAAGAAGAAUUUAGGGUGGAGAGGUGGACAGAGGAGAGCAGAGGCAACCCCUUCAGCUUCCUGAGGAACAGAGUUGAACAAUGGAGGGAUCCGUUCAGAGGCAGGCCCAGAGACCGCAACAGGUCUUUGAGCAGGCGGCAGACUCUCCGUUCAUCCAUGAGGAGGGAGGCUGCGCUUUCUGUUAAGGUGCUGGAGAGAGUUAAGAUCCUGGUGGCUGCUGGAGCCACAGGCAUGGCAGUAGGGGCAAUGUUUGGGGUAGCUGCCCCUUUAGCAGCUGCAGCCGGGGCAUCUUUCAUGGGGAACUCGGUUGGUUUUGCUGCAGGUCAGCUAGCUGGGAUGUCUGGAGUCGGGGGUACAGGUGUUGGAACAGCUGUUGGAGCCAUAGUGGCGGCAGCCUCAGGGAAAACUGCAGUGGCUCUGGGGGCAGCAACUGGGGGAGUUUUGGGUGGUUCUGUUGGAGCCGUUGCUGGUGCUGAAGCUGCCAGUCCUAGGGAGGGUGCUCUGGAUGCCCUGGGGCACGUUAGUCUCAUAGGGGCCUCUGCUGUGGGGCUCGCAGCAGGUGUGGGAGGCACCAUGGGAGCUGGGGCUGCUUUAGGCGCAGCUCUGGAGGGAGCAGCUUUCAGCACAGCAGCCCUCUGUGGAGCUGAAACUGCAUCAGUAGGGGCAGCAGGGGUAGCCAAUGCGUCUGCAGCUCCGAGUUUAGCCUCAGCAGCAGGACAUCAUGCAGUGGCCUCUGUAGGAAGUGUAGCUGCAGGUACUGGGACUCCUCAGUGUGCUGCAGCCGGAGCAGCUUUAGCUCAUGAGAUGGCUGUAAAUGCCCCAGUGGCUGCUGGGUAUGGCAGUGCUGUAUGUGGGUUAACAGGGCCCAGUGUGUCAUCCGUGGCCAGCAGGGUUGUGUCAGACCCCUGGGGCACUGUGGCAGUAUCGACACGCUUAAUGACUGCAGUGGCUGAGAUCGGCAAGGCUGCAGCAGGCAUUGCCCUGGCUGGUGGUCUGGUAGUGAAGGUAGUAAAGGAAAAAGUCAGAUGUGGCACAGGAACAACUGAAGCCAGUUACUCAGAGAAGAAGUCAUAUGAAGUCUACUGGAACAAAUAAAUACAGGCUAUGAAUAGAAUAGAGCCAUAAACCAGUGAAUGAGAUCAUAUUUUUUCCUGCAUGGCCUCCUGAUUAAAUACUAGACGCCACAGUAGUUUCCUGCUGUAAGAGAUAUUGCUAUGUCACGGAAACAAACCACCGCAAAGAUGCAGUCACAAAUUAUUAUAGAUAGAAGAGAGCAGAAAUUGAAAUUGUAAAUUUUGGUUGGAGGCUGGUGAAUGAGUUCAGUGAACUUUUGCAAUGCUGUGUGAUGACUAAUAGAGACAAACACAUUUGUAUCUAAUACAUUUUUAUAAGGUUGUGUUUAAUCUCGCCUAAUUUCUUCAUACAUACAUUUUUUUUAAAGGGGCUGUACUUGAUAUUUACAACUAUAAUUUAGCAGUAAACAAAUAUUUGCUAUGUAAAGAUAUUGAGGAGUAAUGACGUCCUUAGCAGAGAAUGAAGUCACACUCCCUCUGUGUGUGUCCAAGCUUCUCUGUUCUUUGUUUAGAUAGCCAGUGUGUCCGUGCUUGUGUAUUAGUGCAAAACGGCGGUAUUUCACGCACUGGGGAGUGGUCUGUGAAAGCCAAGUGGAGGCAAUCCUAGUCCGCUGUUAUUUUUUGUUGUUGCAGAAUUUGAAGUACAGCCCCUUUACAACAAAGAAAAUAUAAAAAGACAUUUAGUUCUGGAAAGUGGCCUGAUGAACAUGUCAGCCAUGUAAGCUCAGAUGAAAGAGUGACAUGAAUUUUAUAAAUUUGACUUUCUUUUGGCCUUUCUCAAAAUAAUCAGACCUGUAAACUGAAAAUGAGACAUUCUUAAAGGUCCCAUGGCAUGGUCCCAUUUCACUUUUUUCAUUUCACCAUUUCACACAGGUUUUUUAACAUUACUAUGCGUUUCCCCAGCCUGCCUAUGGUCCCCCAGUGGCUAGAAAUGGUGAUGGGUGUAAACCGAGCCCUGGGUAUCCUGCUCUGCCUUUGAGCCUUUGAAAGCUCAGAUUGGCCGAUCUGGAAUCUUGCCUCUUAUGAGGUCAUAAGGGGCAAGGUUACCUCCCCUUUCUCUGCUUUGUCCCCCCUCUCCUCCUCAAAAGCUAAAGACUCAGAAUGGCACAAACUAAGGACAGCUCAUUGUGGGACAGGCUCUAGUGGCUGUAAUUCUGCACCAAGGCUGAAUUUUGGGAAAGAGACUUCAGACCCAGCGUUAGGGGACCACUAAGGUCUAUGUAAAAGCAUCCAAAGAGCACCAAGUCGG